AAAAAAAAAUGUUAAUUUUUAAAUAUUACAUACUUAUAACAAGUGGUACAUUAAUAUUUUUAUUAGCAUGCUAUAUCAAAUUAGCUUAUUUGUUGGAUGUAAUGGGACAAUUGUUUUCAUUGAAUACUAUUAAAUCAAAUUACGAUUACAUCGUUGUUGGAGCUGGAACUUCUGGUGCAGUUAUUGCUGCAAAAUUAGCAGAAGAUGGAGAAAAUGUUUUAUUAGUAGAAGCUGGUGGUAAAGCACCGUUAUUUUUAGAUAUACCAUUAUUGUCACCUUUAUUACAAAACAGUUUAUACGAUUGGCAAUAUGUAACGGUACCUCAACACAAUGCUUGCAAAGCAUUGAAAAACAAUCAAAGUAAAUGGCCAAUGGGAAGGAUACUCGGUGGAACUAGCAGAUUAAAUUAUAUGACAUACGUACGUGGACAUCAUCAAGAUUAUGCCAAUUGGUUUCCUGAUUUUAAUGAUUAUAUACUUGGAAAAAAUGAUUCGGUUAAGAUACAAGAAUCAAAAUGGCAUACCGAUCUUGUUAAUGCAAUAUUGGAAAGUAUAUUGGAAAUCGAUGGGAAAGUUGGUAACAUAAACGAAGCCUUAGAUACAGGUUUUAUGAAAGUUCAAUUAUUUGCCGAUAAUGGUAAAAGGUGGAGUACGGAUGAUAUGUUGUAUAGAAAAUAUUUAAAUACUUUGGACAUUCUUACUCAUGCUAGAGUUGAUAAGAUUUUAAUAAAUUCAAAUAAAGCAACAGGUAUAAAAUUAAGAAAAUUUGGUAGAGUUUCGAAAAUUCUAGCAAAAAAUGGGAUCAUCGUUAGUGCUGGUGUAAUUGGUAGUCCUAAAUUAUUAAUGCUUUCCGGAAUAGGUCCAGAAAAACAUUUGAAAGAUAUGAAAAUCAAAGUGAUCAAUAAUUUACCAGUUGGUCAAAAUUUAAUGGAUCAUCUUCUAACUGGUAUCGAUUUAAUAAGACUGAAGACAAACUUAUCUUUCAAUAUGAUUAACACUCUUAAUCCUAUAGCAAUACUCAAUUAUUUUCUUUUUGGCCAAGGACCAUGGACAUCGUCAGGAAUUGAAGUUUUAGGAACAUUUCAUAGCUCUUUACAAAAGAAUCAAUCCUCGAGUCCAGAUUUACAAUUAAUGAUACUACCUCUUGGUAUAUCAACAGAUUACGGUAUAACUCUGAAAGAAACAAUUGGAAUUUCAGAUGAGGUAUAUGAUAAAUAUUUUGCACCAUUAGAAAAUGAUAAUGUUGUAACAAUAGCACCUGUUUUGUUACAUCCCAAAAGUUUAGGAGAAAUCAAACUUCGUAGUAAUGAUCCUUCUGAUGAACCUAUAAUUGAUCCAAAAUAUCUGUCCAAUAAACAUGACAUUGAUACGCUUGUAAAUGGUAUACAAUAUCUUAAAAAGCUCAUUAAUACUAGUGCCAUGAAAAAGCUAGGCGCAUCUCUUUAUAAAAAAUCUUUACCAGGCUGCGAAGCUUAUGAAUUUGAUUCAUUAGAAUAUUGGGAAUGUUAUAUAAGGUAUUUAUCAUUAACCGCUUAUCACCCUGCAGGAACAUGUCGUAUGGAAGAUGUUGUUGACACGUCAUUUAGGGUACAUAAUAUAACAAAUUUAUAUGUAGUUGAUGCAUCGGUGCUACCAUCUUUGCCUAGUGGCAAUAUAAAUGGUGCUCUUAUAAUGAUGGCAAAGAAAGCUGUUGAUAUAUUGAAAGAAAUAAGAAAUAAACAGUCGCACAAUUUAAGAUAUACUAAUAGUACAUCUCUUUUAUGUUAUACGUUUAAUAUUUGUAAUAAAUUUUGUGACUUAUAAUUAUUUACAAAUAAUAUUAAAUAUAUAUAUAUA